CUUGGAGAUGCGUUCUUAUCGCCGUAGGAGACAGCAAGACCAGCUGAUCACUUGUGGCGCUACCAUUCGAUUGACCAGGUCAUGGGUGUGGUGAUUGUGCAGGUUUGCAUUGUGAUGCUGGCGGCCUCGGUGCUUGGCUUCAUAUCCUACUGUAAGAAGCGCCCCUCGUCCAGCACCAUGGAAGAUUACUUUUUGAUUGCUCCGGAGCUCCAGAAGCCUGGGAUAGAAAAGGCAUCUAAAAGAUUUGGUGCCGGGUUUAUCAUGAAUAGUAGCCGGAUUCGAAGCUUUUCGGCUGGAUUGAAGUAUGAUUCUAAAAAGCCGGAAAGAUAUUUCUUGCUUCGUCAACGAUUCAUGGAUGUGUUUUUCCUGGACUCCAACGGAUUGGUUGCCGGGGAGACUUUCGAUCAGCUCAAUUGGCUAGAACACGUCCUUGCAAGUAGCUCGGCUAGCUGGCGUGUGAUUGUUGGUCAUCACGAUUUGGAGGAAAACAGCAAUGCCUCGUUGAAAAACAUGCUUCUUCCGCUUUUUCUGCGGCAUGAUGUGAAUGUUUAUGUCCAUGACGGCGAGGACUUCUCUUGCCGAAACACCAUGGAUCGUAGUAUGAUGUUUAUCGGCAUUGGUUCCCAGAAUUCGACUCAGGAAUCCAGAAAGAAUCAAGCAGACUUCAUACUCACUCGCGUGACAGCUCUGGAAAUGGAAUUUAUCUUGAUGAACUCAAAUGCUCAAACGGUCUCUAGAGCCUUCGCUGCUCAAAGAGGGAGAGCUACAUUCUAGAAUGCCAAAGACAAAACUAUUCUUUUUCGCGGUUC